UGGAAAAGGUUUAUAGCAGUUUUAAUGACUUAGAGUAUUUUUUUGAUUUUUUGAUCAAUAACUCUAGUUAAAGAGAACGUUUUUUUGAACAGAAAAUUAGCUUGAAAUUUAAAAAUUAUGAAAUUUGUUGUUUAGUAUUAGCUAGUAUAGUUGAAUGUUUUAUUGUUUCCAAAUUACUCCUCUGUUUUUGCUAGGUGAGUACUAUUCCACAGUCAAUUUAAAGGCAGAGUCACAGAGAUCGGCACGGGGAAGACCAAUUUAUAUCAUACGACGCGAAGCACAUCAGCUCAAUCACGAUCGACCUUGCUGACCGGUUCAUAAUCUGUUUUUCGCGGGACUAACAUCAUCUUCAAAGAUUCGUCAACACACUACUCUGAUUUCUGACAUCACUAACCAAUUGAUCACGAGACUAGCUCGAUUAAUCCUCUGUUAAAUUUCAAUUAAUGAUCUUCAUUGAACUAGUUUAAUAUAUCUUCACCACGCUGCUGCUACCGUAAAUACUUUAAUAUAAUUCCAGUCAAUAUAUUGAAAAAUUAAUUUUAUAUAUUCUUUUGUAUGUUCUCUUUUUAUAGACGUUUAUUGAAAUGAUAAAGACGAUGAUAUCAUGAGUUUUUAAUGAUAUUUCGUGACAUCAUGUUGCGUCAUCGUUAAAAUUUAAGCAUUGACGGAGGUCUCAGUCAACGUUAGAGACCCAUCAAACUUGAUAAAGCAUAAAUCGUAUGCAGAGGGUUCUACCAAGUGGGAAUGGAAGUGGAGUGAAUCAGUCGUUUAAUAAUGUAGUAACUGACAAAAUGCCAUUUGCAGCUGUAGGAGUGUUAGGGAUGGAUUCUUACGAUCUCUACAAGAAGUGCAACAGAAGUUUUCAGGAAUUAAAGAAACUGGAUGUCACACAGUAUCAUGAUCCUAGAUAUCAUCCUCCCCUGGGGCGGGACCUCUUCUAUCUACCUGAAGAAGAAUAUAUCGAAAAGCUUGAGAACGGGCAGCAACAGCCCCUUAAUAGGGACAAUAGAAAUUCAUUGCCUGACUAUCAUAGUCUAUGUGAAACUGUAACGGAAACAGUGCGGCUAGAUGAUUCUGAAUACGAGUACCAACCGCCUCUUUAUCACGAAGUUUACUGUAAAAGUCACAAUUUGCUAGAUAGCUUGCAACGCGCCACGAAUCCAUCGAAGCAGAAAUGCGUGCAUAAUGGCUUUCAUUGCGUGCAAAGAAGUAAAAACUUGUUAUUGGUAAGGCGGCGAUGGGAGAACGAAUGUUGGGAACCUUUCAUCAAGCAGAUUGCCAGUGGUUGUGAUUGCAUGUGGCCAAAAUCUAUCCUAGGAGAUAUAACUAAUCAUUACUAGUCUGCAAUAGUCUAUGUGUAGUCCAUA